AUGUCGAAAGAUGCUAACGACGCAGGCACCCAUUACUCUUUCUUGCUCAAGAAGUGCGUCAAGGUCGUUGAAACUUAUGACCCAAAGAAGACAACCGUCGAUGCAUACAUGGAGGACGCCCCGUUCCUCAAAGAGAAGAGCCUGGGAGACACGGAACGCAAGUUCAUACACCAGGUUUUUUAUGGCUGCAUGCGCUACCAAAAGUUCCUAAAGCUCUUCGUGACCAGCUUCAUGUACAAGUGCCCGGCCACGGCUCUGCGUGCCGAGCAAAGCAUUUACCUGGUACUUGCUUACCUGCUGUUCUUCCGGCUGGAAGAGCUCACGGUGCCAGAGUUUCGCCAGUUUCUCCUGUGCGGCUAUGGAGCACUCCCUGCCAUCAACGCUCUGAUGCAGUAUGCCUUGAGCGUGGAGGAGCUCGAGAAAUGGGUCAAGGUCGAGUGGUGCAAGUUUUAUGACGUCGACUAUGUCGAACAGGAAAUCAUCCGGAAGUUGCAAAGCUUCAAGGAGGAGCUCCAAGCAACGGUGGAUGAGGUCGAGUUCCGCGCCACCGGCACGGUCAAGGCGUCUGACAACACUGGCUUGCCUGGAAAGAGUGAGAAGAAGCUGACCGAGUUCAAGCCCUUCAAUCUGACGCAGCCCAGGCCCCGGCUCAUCCCGGAGCCCGACGUCAUCAGUCGCCAAGUCAAGGCACAGCCAGUCCCGAGCUCGAUCCACAAGAACAGCCUCAACAAGGUGGAAGAGCAAAAAAAGAAGAAGCUGCAGGAAGAAAAGGAGAAGGUAAAUGCCAAGUACGACGAAGCUGACCAUUUCAAUCUGGAAACGGCAUCCCGUCGUGACCAUGAAGCUGCCUUCGAUGACCUGAAGAAGCAGGUGGAAUCUGAGCGUAUGGCAGAGUGCACUUUCGUCCCGAAGACGAAGAAGAGGAUCAUGGCAACGGCAGAAGAUGCCACAGUCAGGCACAACGUGGCGUCCGUGCUUCGGGAAGAUGCCUUGGUAAAGCAGAAGCAGGCCAAGGAGUACCAGGCCCUCAAACGCUACGAGGAGGACUUGCAUGAUGCCUCGCAGUUCUAUACAUGGCAAGAGAAGAUGAAGGAGAAGGAUCACAAUGAAGAGGAGAUGCGAGUGCGUCAACGCAUCGUCGAGAUGCAGCUGUCGCGCGACAGUGCCAUGGAAGCCUUCGACUCUGCGGUGCGCAAGAAGCAUAUCCUGGCGGAGCAUCAGCGCGAGGAGCUACAACUUGAACUGGACUUGAAGGAAAAAAUGCUGGACUACGAAAUGGGCGAGAAGAAGCAGCUGGUUGAGGAGACCAAGGAGGACCGUGAAAGGGCCCGGCUAGCAGAGCAGGAUGCUUUCAAGGACAGGCUGCAGAAGGCGGACCACAUGCGCAAGGAGCGUGAGGUUGACAUGGAGAGGAAGAAGAGGGAAGAGGAGCAGGAGAUGGACAGGAAGAAAGAUCUGAUUCGUCAGAUUCGCGCACUGGAAAAGGUGCCUGUGGAGAAAUUCAAGGUCUUCGAUCCUGCAGAGCCGCCCUGCCAGGGCUUGCUGGAAGAGAUGUCCCUGGCCGAGCUUCGAGAGCGCUUGAGAAUCGUCGAGGCUCAACGUGAGAAGGAGCUGGAUACAAAGCGCGAAAGGCAACUCGCAAAGAAGCUUGAGAAGCAGGAGGAGCUCACGGAGAAGGCCGAACUGUUGGCCAAAGUACGUGAACGUGCGAGGGAGGAGCAGCAACAGAGGCACGAACAGAUCCGGCGGCAGAAGAUUCUAGAAGAGGAGCAGAAGCAGAGGCACCGAGAAAAGUGCAUUGUGGAAGUAGCGGAGAAGUUGCAGCUGAAGAAGAGGCAGAAGAAGGAGGAGGAGCAGCGACUGAAGCUUGAGCUCAAAGAAAUUGCCACGAAGAGGCAAUUCCUGGCUGCAAAUGCGGAGAUGGUGGAGGCCAAAGCGCACAACGAGCAGCAGGCAGGCCUGGACCGUGAGGCGCAAAAACGGCAGAAGACCAUUCUGAUAGAGCAGCGCAAGCAGCAUCAAAUCAAGAUCUCCGAGACGCAGCGCCGCAGGGACAAUCAGGACAGAGAUAUCCAAGAGUACAAGACCAUGCAGCAGACGGUUGCUGCACGGAUGGAUCGUGCAAAGGCUGCCGACUCGGCCCUGAAAGAGGAGAUUCGCCAGUCGGUGCAAUCAGCGCGAAAUAUCCAACGAGCCACGGCCAAGCGCAAUGUCACAGAGUUUGGCCACAGCAGCAACGCUUACAUGCACCGGAUUCAGAAUCGCAUGGCCACGUCGUGCUAG